AUGUCAACAUCAGAGAACACAACAACAGUUAUAGUCCAUGAAGCUAUAAAUGAAGAAUACGAGUACAUACAGUAUAACAAACAACUUCGCCUCAUUAGUUCGGUCAAAGAUGACAUGUACCAAAUGCAAAGUAUAAUGAAUGCUCUUCGUUCUACAAAGCAAGCAUAUCAUUGGUUUGAAAACCAACAGACAAAAGAACUUUUAGAAGAAUUUCCUCAUAUGAUUGCUUCCCUCGGAAAACCGAGAGAAGAGAUUCCGUACGAAAAUCGCAAGAAUUUGGCUCCUGGUUUGAAAGGAUAUUAUGUUCAUAGACUUUUAGUAAAUGCUGUAGCAAUGUGGGCUUCACCUCGUUAUGCUUGUUAUAUUUUCAUGAUGUUAGAUGAACUAUAUAAAGCAGAACGUGGAGAGAUGGAAAAGAAACUUCAAGCAAAAGAUGAAGUCAUUGAAUCCAAAGACAAAAGCAUACAGAAAAGAAUACCACGUUCAGUACCAAAAGGAAAGGAAAAAAGCUAUAAGUAUAUGAUUUACGCUGAAGAGAUGGAGAAAGAAGAAGAUAAAGAUAUGGUUAUGUUGCAUUUAGUCAGAAGAAACAACAAGAGCUUUUAUGACUUAGCUAAAAUAUAUAAAUCUGACAGAAACUG